CGAAACCUUCUGAUCAUCUGGAAGAAGCAGGAGGAGCUCCGCUGAGCAAGGCACGUUCAUGGUUAACCCCCCACAAAAACCAGGCUGCUAUGUAAUGAGCCACUCGGUUCUGUUCUUGCAAUUAAAAAAUCGGGGGGAGGGGGGACUUCUGUAGAUCCAGAUUGCUCUGUGCAGCAGAAAUUCCGGAGCGAUUCUGUUUGGUCGCUGUAAGGAAGAGAAAGAGAAGCUGUCAUUUUGUGUGUGUGUGCCCUAUACAAGGGCCUCCUGCUUUCUUGUUAGCUUAUAGAGGGGGAAAAAACUCGUUUGAUGUUAUAUGUGACCAGCUGCCGUUCUCCAUAAUAACAAGAGAACUGCCUGCCCUAGUGGUUGCGUCACUUUGCUUCAACUUUAGGCUAGAAAUCAAGGAGGGGGGAGAGAAAACUUUCAAGGGAAGCAGGAGCGAGCUGGAAAGCCCUGCAGUCUGCCUCCCACCCACUUAUCCCUCCUCCUUUGCCCCCUCCUUCCCCUCCCCCCAAAAAAACUUUUCCAUCCGAGAAAGAGGGAGAUCUCUUUGGAAACAUGGAGCUGCUGUGCUGCGAGGUGGAUCCCAUGCGGAGAGCUCUGCCUGACCCGAACUUGCUCUAUGAUGACCGCGUUUUGCACAAUUUGCUAACCAUAGAAGAGAGGUAUCUGCCCCAGUGUUCCUAUUUCAAAUGCGUCCAGAAGGACAUCCAGCCAUUUAUGCGGAGGAUGGUGGCGACUUGGAUGUUGGAGGUCUGUGAAGAGCAGAAGUGUGAAGAAGAGGUUUUCCCCCUCGCCAUGAAUUACUUGGACAGAUUUUUAGCUGUGGUGCCCACCAGAAAAUGCCAUCUGCAGCUGCUGGGGGCAGUUUGCAUGUUCUUGGCCUCCAAGCUGAAAGAGACAAUCCCCCUCACUGCAGAGAAACUUUGCAUAUAUACGGACAAUUCCAUCAAACCCCAAGAGCUGCUGGAGUGGGAGCUGGUGGUGCUGGGAAAGUUGAAGUGGAAUCUUGCAGCGGUGACGCCACACGAUUUCAUUGAACAUAUUCUAAGAAAGCUGCCUCUACCUAAAGACAAGUUACUUUUGAUCCGGAAACAUGCACAAACUUUUAUUGCCCUUUGUGCCACAGAUUUUAACUUCGCCAUGUAUCCACCAUCAAUGAUAGCAACUGGAAGCGUGGGAGCAGCCAUCUGUGGCCUUCAGUUUGAUGAUGGGGAAAGUUCACUCUCUGGUGACAGUCUAACAGAACUCCUGGCCAAGAUCACAAACACAGAUGUGGACUGCCUUAAAGCCUGCCAAGAACAGAUUGAGUCGGUGCUAGUAAGCAACCUUAGGCAAGUCCAGCAGCAGCAACAGCAAAGCAAUCCUUCUAAGAUGGUGGAUGAACUGGACCAGGCCAGCACUCCCACAGAUGUGAGAGACAUCAACCUGUGAGGACAUCAGCCCAGACAGUCAUGCUUGCUCCCCCUGCUUUCCCCCCCCUUUUUUUAGAAUGAAAUCUUUUUUUUUAAUCUGCUCCCACAUAGAACGUAUUUAAAGCUCUUUUAGAUACAAAACAAAACAAAAAAAGUAAUUAAAAACAGCAUUUGGUGCCUGUGAUGUUCUACAGAAGGGAAUCCCACGAUAUAUUUGAUAAUUGCUGUUUGAUUAUGUAUCAGUGAUAUUAAGUGCUUAUAAAAGCAUAAAAAGUAGCUAGAUAAAUGUAAGCCUGCAUUUGUGGGAACAAAGUAGAGUAUACUUUUUUGUGCGUGUAUUAUGACCUAGUGCAUACGCACCCUUUUUUAAACUUAAGAAAGGAAUUGUGUGUGUGAUGUUAUGGCUUGACUAGAUUGCAAAGCAAUAUAAUUAAGGGGUUAGGGCAAAGUGGAAAAAGAUCCCUGAAGUGAUUGAACCAUUUUGGGUGCAGAAGAGAUUUGCUGAUUGAUCACCUCUGUUAUUAGUCAGAACUGUUUGUUGGAUCUCUGUAUGUUAGUUUUGUUUACUCUUGCUGUCUGUGGUAGCUGCUACCUAAGAAAGAAGAUGCUUUAUUUUGCCAGCUGGAAGAGCAGGUGUUUCUUUCUUUUUACGCCCACCACCGCUUCCUACUUUUCCUCCAGAAAUGGUUCAUUCUAAACACAUUAGUAUCUUUGGCAUAAAGCGGAUCCUGCUUCCUAGCAGUGGUCCAAGACAAAGUAGAGAAUGCUCGUAUUAGAUGUUAGAAAUAUACAAACUAAAAAUGACCAGUCAACAAAUCAGAUCACCUCAGAACUUUGGAUUCCGAGAUUCAGUGGAUCAUCUGUGAAAAAGCAUUAUAUUAAUUCACAAUGCUAAUGCUACACGUCAAUGUUAACUUUUGGCAGCUCCUUAUUUUGGUGUAAAGGCAACUCAAUGAUGCUCUGCCCAUCUUUCUUUUUAACAUAUUCUCACUAUGUUAAAGAAGAUGUGAUUUACUUUGAUUCCCACCCACCAAAAUACACAUUUUUCAGAUUUUUAUAACUUUACUGGUCCACAGAAAGCAUUAUUAUAAACCAUUUCAUUCGAAAAGCACUUUGAAAAUUGUUCCUAAGGGAUAAAUGAGAUGGUUUAUGACAAUUGUGCUGAGCAAAGAAAAAAAAAAGCAAUGCAUAGAGCUUUUAAUAGUCAAUAUUUUCCAUUAGCUGGUGUACUUUGCUAGUAUUGGUGUUGCUGGAAAUUCCAACACCUGCUUCGGAUGACAUUCCUGUCACAACAUUCCGGAUGAAAGUCCGAAAGUUCUGUGUAUUAUUCAAUACCACCUGCAUGCUUAUCUAUGGACAAUGAAAGAAAAUUGCUGGUGCAAAAGACACAAACGGUAAACAUCAAGGUGCAUGACUGAUUUUUAUUACAAAGGUGUAUUCAGUGUACUUGAAUUUAUUUUUUCUGCUCCAUCUGUAAAGAAGAGGCAUUUAGAUGGCAAAGGAGAUGGGGCAAGGUGUUUUGUUUUGGGGUUGGGUUUUUUUUUUUUUUUUUUUUUUGCACAGUUGUAUUAACAGAUCGCAAAUAUACAGUUUGAAGCUGUUGGAUGAAAUGUUAAUGUUUGCAUUUUUUAAGAUAAAAAUCCAGAAAGAACAUGCUACUUUGAAGAAUAUUUUAUGAAUGGACUCUGCCGUAUUUGGCUAGAUGAGGGUAGAAAAUGGAGUAAGAAUCUAAGGGGUUUAUUUUUUUUAUUAUUUUUUUUUUUUUUGCGCUGCUAAGAAGCUAUGAUUUGUUUCAUUCUUAUUCACAUUAACAGUACUUAGCUGUAUUGUUUCACUGAGUGUGCUGCUAUUUUAUAAACAUUUUUAUAAUAUAUUAUUUUACUGCUUAAAUUUCAAAUCCUGAAGUUAAGGUUAAGUGGAUAUGAGUUCUUAGAUUUACUGGAAAUGCUCUGUACAGUUUUUUUCUAAUAGCGUACUCAUGAUUUUUUUUUAUUUUAUUUUAUUUUAUUUUAUUUUUCUGAUCACAUUCUGCAAAGACAGUAUAUUUACCUCAGGUUUACUGGACAAAAAUGGUUCCCAUUUUCACAAUACCUCACAACUUUACAGUUCCUUCCGCUGGGAGCCUCAUGGAAUGGUCAAUGCAAAAGGCAGCCAAAGCCUGUGUUUUGUGAGCAAAGCACAGUCGCUUCAGUUGUGUAGGGGAACAGUUAUAGAUUGCAGGGACAUCAGGCUUCCGUUUGGUCUUAGGUAUCCGUUUCAUAGUGGAAAAAAUACAUUAAUAUGAGGACCUGUUCAGCAAAGAUUUCUGCAAAUUUAGGUCUUGAUCCUGGAAGCAUUUAAGUUCUGAUUCUCCACUGUAUGUCACCUUAUGCCGUCAUUUGUAUUUGUGCAAAAUGAGUGUCUUGUGGAAAUUAAAAUGUUACCUCUGACAUAAAUAGAGAAUUCCGGUUUGGCAGCACUUUACACUCACUUUGGCCAGGUACAAAUGAUUAGUCAAGGUGAUAGACAGUGAGAAUUGUACAUUUACUACCUAAUGUAAUGCUUUACAACUGUAAGUAAUCCCAUAGGGCUAGAUUGUGACUUUGUGGUUGUCUGCAUUGUUGCGCUGCCCCUAGAACAGACCAGGAGACAGAUGAUGACCUCAAGAGUCACAGUCCCCUCCUGGUCUCCUCUGUACUUCAAAAAGGGAAUAAACUGCACCAAGUCUAUACUCAGUGCAGCGUAUGCAUUACAGUCCACCAGUGCAGUUAUAUGGCUGGCCAUGUUGAGGCUGGUGGAGCAAGGGCUCUGCCCAUUCCCAUCAACCUGCGCAGGCAUGGGCUGUCCAGCUCUGCGGUGCCUGCUUCUUCGUUCAUGAUGCUACCUUUGAUACUGCUAAUUAGCCACACCAUGAUCUGGCAUAUAGAAAUAAAUUGGCUUACUUGUGUUAGUAAGCUCUCAGCUCAAUAGUCUUUGUGGAAUCAGGCCCCUAUUUUGCAUUGGAUUUAGAAAUAAUAUUGUGGUUCUCAAAGGUGAGUUUUAUCUGAGUAUGGACUAUAGGAUUAAGUCCAUUAGUCUUCUCUCAGUGGCUGGGUAUCAAAUGACAAAACAGAUACUGCCAGGCUUUUUGAGCCCCAGAUUUUACAUGCUUUGAACACUGCAUAUUAUAACAGGGCUAUAUUAAAUAUUUUCAUUGAAAACUGGAAACUUAGGUCCAGUUCCCACAAAUACCUUAGAUGGCACUCCAUUCAAUUUCAUCUCUCUUUAUUCAUGCAAAGGUGUUUGCAGCAUCCGGGUCUGAUAUAGCUGAAUUUUUUGUAUUUAGUUUCAAUUUUACUAAAUUAGUCCAAUUUUGCAAAACAGGCAAAGUCCUCCAAAAUGCUUAACAAUGUAGAGGAAGUGAAAAAUGUUAAAAUUCCAUUCUAAAAUGGCCUUUCAGAAACCUUGACAUUUUCCAUAUUGUGGAAUUUUAUUCUUACAAAGAUAAACAUUUUCAUGAAACAUACAAAAUCAUGAAAAGUGAGAUUAUGGAGCCACAGAAUAACUUUUGUUUUAGGGCAAAAUUUUGUCCAACCCCCAAACCUUCAUAGCCCUGAGAUCUUAUUGUGACAUACAGUCUCUUCAUAUGGGCAUAUACGAAAGUGAUUUAUGGACUGAACCAAAUUCUGUGCUGACUUGCGCCUUUUGAAACAUUCUUAAUUCUAGUGGAGCUGUACUUGUGUAAAUCAGCAUAGUAUUUGGCCACAUGUGUUUAUGGAGAUCACUUCACCUACUUCUGGCCUGGAAUGCAACAGUCGUGUGCCAGCGACAGUAAACAACAGUUUGUAGAAUUGAAACUGUAAAAAGAAUGUAGGUCAGCAGAAUGAAACGCAGUUACACUGGAAUUUGGCCUGGUCAGCAGAGUGAACCAUUGUGAAAAGUAUCAUGGGACUUUUAACAACCACAAUGGUCAGAACAUUGUUUUUUUCAAUUCAUUCAAAAAAUAACUUUCCCAAGCACAGUUCCUCAUGGUACUAUGCUAGGCAUUAGUUCGUAUGGACUUGGAAGGAAGAGUGCUGUCUUCUGAAUCACUAGUAUCAUUUUCUGCAAAACUUAAAUUUUCCUUAAAUGGAUUUGUUUCCAGAAAAGGUUGUGGAGAAGCUACGUAAGUGCUUUUGACCUGUCAGUAGAUUAGGAAAGAAUUCCAUCCCUUUGACUCAUGCAUUAUGCAAUGAUGGCGCGUUUCACCCUAAAGAACUUGGGAGAUUAUAACUCAGAGCCCUAUUCUGCAAACACCUAUGCAUGUGAGAACUUGACCUGUCUGAAUACUCCCAUUAAUUGGGGGGCUACUGUAAAAUUAUUCAGGUGUGUAUGUAUUUUUUGGAUCAAGUCCCCAUUGUAUUACCAUAUAGGGUUUUUGUUUGUACCUUAGUAUUCCUUUUAAAGCCGCCUCUGAGCAUGAUAUAGUUAUAUCACGUUCUUUAUUUUGUGUAAAGCCUACAUAUAAAAAUUACAAUUUGAGCCCACAUACACAAUUUAUUUCAUAGGACCUAUACAUUAUGCAGUCACUUUUAACAAAUAUGUUUGAUGCUGUGGUAGUGUAGUAAAAAACAAUUUGAAUCAAGAGGGCAUUUCUAUAAUACACAGCAUUCAAAAUAUGUGAAAUCUGGGUCCUAACAAUUUGACAAUAUCACUUAAAAUGAAAACUAUCAUACAUUUUGCACAAUUUUCAUUUCAAGCUGAGGACAAGAAAGACAACAUUGUUUUUUGGUCUGGAAUCAAAAACUGCUAUCACAAAGCACCAGUGUGUGAUUUUUUUUUUCAAAUGCCAUAAUCCAGCCUUGUUCUCUACAGCUCACUUUGAAAAAAAGUGCCUUGCAGAUUAUACCUUCACAUAUCUUUGAUAUAUUAUUGCAAAUGUUUGUCAUAAUCAAUGGAAUAUUUGGUUUCUCUAUUUUCUAUUUAAGGUACUUAUAUGUUGCCCAUCACUAUAAUAUUGUAGUGCCUCACAGUCUUCAAUGUAUUCAUGCUCCUAAUACCCUUGUGAGGUAGGGAAGUGCUGUUAUCCCAAUGUAAUGCUGCUGGUCUUUGCUUGAAUACUUGGACAGCUCUAAAAUUCCCAGCAACUCACCCAGCCACUGGAUUUUUUCCACUAUGUGUAUUACCAUGUUAUCAUGUACCUCAGAAAUCACUCUCAGUUGCACAGUUUCUGUUCUCAAACUUUUUAUUUUUAUUUUUAUUUUUUUUUUUGCUUUAAUGAGUGUGAUGCCAUAUCAAGUCAAAGUUAUCCUCUCACAAUGUGCUCUUUAAGAGGUGUGGAUGUUUAUAUGGUCAGGGGAUGCUAGAAAGUGCGGUAGUAGACAUGAUCAGUGUAAACAAAAUGUAUUUAGAAAGUAUGUGAGAUUGUUUUUUGAUGGAUAAGAUUCUGAUACAGCAUAGUCUCGAUUACCUUUUAAAAGGUCGUCUCUGUUCAGUGUUAAGUCAUUUUUAUUAAUAACGUAUUGUUUUGACUAGUUUAAAGAUGGUUUUAAGACAUGUGUUUUGGCGGGAUUAGGUAUGCUGUAUGGAGAAUAAACUCACCUUGACCUGAA